GAGAUUUUUACUGCUAUUCAUAUUCGGCUUUUAGAGUUCUUUAUUUUAUAAAGCUUUGAGGAAUGUUUGAUUAGUGACUCGCGCUGCUGCAGACACUGGUGAAGGCGUUGAAGCAUGGUUUCUUUGUAAACACUGCACCGCGUGUUUCUGUGAUUGCUGCAGAAGUCCAUCUUUACUGACAUACGUGUAUCGUGGAGAAAGAGAGAGAAGCUAUUUGAAACAACUUCCUUGGGAUUCCUGGCAAGAGUUAAGUGAAAAUGUCAGAAGACUAUCAGAGCAUGAUGAGAGGGCUGGGCGGGCAGGAGAGGCACUGCUGCGUGGAUUUACCACAGAGAACUGUCAGCUACAAGCCAUGGUUUGCUUCCCCCAACAGCGACCAGCCCGUCCCGCAGACGCAACUGAAACCCAUCGUUGAGAGAAUCACCAAACCCACCGUAGCCAGCCGAGGCGGCGUAGACCUGAAGGACAAAGACUUUGAAUACAUGAAACCAGUCAACUGGAUGAAGAAGACAAAUCCAGACUGGAAAAUUAAGAAUUUGGACACACGUUUUCGCACACCUCGGCAAGUGUCGAAGGCCGAGUUUCAGGAGAUUGUGGAUCGUUUGGCCAGAUCGACUGCCAUCAGCCGCAUACGCUCUGCUCCACCGCGGUUGUCAUGGUACCCAAUUAAUCUGGAGAAGGGUCCGGUGGAGAAGCCGUAUUUUCUGUCCCAGAAAUUACGCAGUGAUGGUCUGUACUGGGAUCCCAACGAGUCCGAGAGCAGAUAAGAAUCUGUUAUCAUUUUAGUGGAGAUAUUUACAAAUCAGUGGGUUUUUUUUUCUUUUUUUUGAUAAUUUUAUGCAAAAGUUUACUUUUAAAAUAGACAUUGAAAUGUUAAAAAUUUUGAUCCAUUUAAAGCAUGACAAUUUCAUUUGUCAAAGGCAAUGUAAGGUUACUUUUAUAAGUAAAUAUUAUAAAAUGAUUAAUCAACACAUUUUUAAUCAAAGAAGUUAUGGUAUAUAAGAGCAUGAUCAACUUGAUUGAACAUUCUUUUUUUUUUUCUUUGUAAAGAAUGUAUCUCUCUGCCUUAGAACAGCUGACCACACGCUCAAACAGAGUUGAAAGAUCAAAAGUGGUAGAAGUGCAAAAUUUUUAUUAAAAAAUAUCUGUGUCAUAUUUUCAAAAAAAUCAACAAGAUUGAAUUUUAAAUAAGUGUGAAAAAGUAAAGUUCUUGGAUUUAGAGUGUUCAUUUUGUAUAAAAUGUUUGUCCAUUUAAAAAUAGUUGAUAUAUCUCUGGCAUUCAGUGGUAUAUGAAACAAUUGCAGUGACAAUCAAGAAAGUUGGUUAAAAGUAAGAGUAUUAGUAAUUUACUGAUGGUUUGUUAAUGUACAUAGUAUUGUAUUAGAGAUACUUCUGUCAAAUAUAUUUGAAUGAAUAACAGAUUGUAAAAAAAAAUUGAACUGUCCUUAUCACUUGUAUUAAUUCACAUUCACCUUGUUGAUAAAGUUUGUGAUCACAUCAUUGCAAAUUAUUAUUGAUAUAUUAUUUUGAUAUUUUGAAAUCAAGUAAUAUUUUUCUGGUUUAUAUUGAUCCAGGUAUUGGUUAGAUAUUGCCUUAACAACAUUUUAUGAAUUCAGGGAAUCUGACUUUUUAACUCAGUACACCAUUUUUGCUCAAGUGAUAAGUAAUUGAACAUGUAAUUAGGUGUAUUAAAAACUUUUCGAAAUAAAGUGAAAUUUUAACAGAACAUUUAUGAAUUUUGCAAUAUAUAUAUUUUUUCACUGCUUGCCCUAGCUAGGUGUUGUUAU